GCGAGCUCCUCCGCGCAGCCUCCCUGCAUCCUAGCGCGAGCAUCACUGCGCACCGAGCCGAGCACCGACAGAGACACCGACGGCUCAGUCAGCGGACAUAUGAGGUCUUUAUUCCCCGGGACCAGCGGCUUGUUUUCGGUGUAUUUCUCUCCCCGUCGCCUCUCUAUGGAUGUGAAGUAAGGGCGGGGCCGGUAUUCAGUCGGUGUCCUCUCCAUCUCUCUGCUCUUCUUCCCGCUCCGUCAGGACCGUACCCUGCCACAAACCCACAAAAUGGCGGACAUCAUCGAGCUGGGACCCGCCUACGCCAUGUCUCCGGUCCUGGCGGGCUUCCUGGGAGCUGGUGUUCUGGUUUUGGUCGUGGUUGUUCUGGUUCUGCUCUGGUCUUUCUGUCAGCGCCGUUACCUGCGCGUCUCUGGACGCUACAAACUGCAUGGCGACCGUUACUGCGAUGCCGAAGACCCCCCCUACAAGUUCAUCCACAUGUUGAAGGGCAUCAGCAUUUACCCAGAAUCCCUCAGCAGCAGCAAGAGGAUUGUACGAGGCAUCCGGCGCGCGGACCGCUCUGACCGUGACGGAGAGCGAAGCUGUCCCACCAGUGCCGGCACUGGGAGGGGCAUGGUGCUGGUGGAUGCAGAGAACAACAUCCUUGACGUCCCAGGGCAGCUGCAGAUGAGUCACCUAGUGCCGCCCGCCCACGGCCAGGCCCGAGUGGAGCGGGCGCUGCCGGUCCGUGCCGACUACUGCUGCCUGGACAGCAGCUCGGCCAGCAGCAGCCAGACCAGCAGCAAGACAGCCUCCCCCUUCACCCCCGCCUCCUCGGAUCCUGAGCCCGAGCCCAGCCUGGGCACAAUCAGCCUCACCGUCGACUACAACUUCCCCAAGAAGGCCCUCGUGGUGACCAUCGUCGGGGCCCGGGGCCUCCCCGCCAUGGAUGAGCAGGCGGGCAGCUCAGACCCCUACGUGAAGAUGACCAUCCUGCCAGAGAAGAAGCACCGCGUCAAGACCCGCGUGCUGAGGAAGACCCUGGACCCGCUGUUCGACGAGACCUUCACGUUCUAUGGCGUGGCCUACAGCUCACUGCCUGAGCUCACGCUGCACUUCCUGGUCCUCAGCUUCGACCGCUUUGCCCGUGAUGAUGUCAUCGGGGAGGCCGUGGUGCCGCUGAAGGGCGUGGACCCGAGCACGGGCCGAGUCCACCUGAGCCAGCAGAUCACCAAGAGGAACAUGCAGUGUGAGAGUCGUGGAGAGCUGCUGGCGUCUCUGUCCUACCAGCCGGUGUCUCAUCGUCUCAGCGUGGUCGUCCUGAAGGCUCGACACCUCCCCAAGAUGGACAUCACCGGCCUGUCAGCAAAUCCGUACGUGAAGGUGAACAUCUUCUACGGACGUAAGCGCAUCGCCAAGAAGAAGACCCACGUGAAGAAGUGCACCCUGAACCCGGUCUUCAACGAGUCCUUCAUCUACGACAUCCCACCCGAGCUCCUGCCCGAGAUCUCCGUGGAGUUCCUGGUGGUCGACUUCGACCGGACCACCAAGAACGAGGUGCUGGGCCGCCUGCUGCUCGGCCUCCACAGCCCCGCCCCCUCCGGAGCCUCCCACUGGAGGGAGGUCUGCGAAAACCCCCGCCGGCAGAUCUCCAAAUGGCACAACCUGAGCGAGUACUGAGGGAGGACCGCCAGAAACCAGCUGACUCCACCCAUCGGCUGGGACUCCACCAGUGGACCCCACUGGGAAAUAAAAACUCAGUGUACAGCACAUACACGCACACACACACACACACACACACACACACACACACAUAUAUAUACAACAAAUACAACACAUACAACAAACACACACACACACGCACAACACACACACACUGUUGUGAUCAUAGUUAAACACUCUCUCUGUCUCUACUCUUUCUCUUUCUUCCACCACGACAUUCGCAGUCUGAUAAAAAUCCCGCAGUUCUUUAAAGAAAAGAAGACGAGCUGUUUUUAAAAGAGAAACCAUGAGUCCAUUUCUCAGACUGUCCUCAUGUCUCCUGGCUGUCCAUGUGUGUAGACGGGGGGAAGGAAUGCUCACAUAUCAUUUAAAAAAUAAGAAAAAAAGAUUCCCCUCUUGCUGUUGUUGUCAUGCAGUUCAUUGCAUGUCUGUCCCAAGAAAAAAAAAACAAAGCAAAUGAAGAGCUGCUGACUGAUCGACAGGAAGACGGUUUAAAUAUUCACUAACACUGCAUUUAACUAAUAUAUCCAAUAUAAAUACUCCUCAUUAGGACCAAAUAAGAAACUGCUACAAAGCUCCCACGUCUCGCUCCUGAUACUCGACCACAUGAUCCAAUAUUUGACAUGUUUCUGGGGGUUAACGGAGGUUUUAGUCGGCAGCAUGCUCCCUGCCUCUCAACGAUCAUCUUCACUCAUCGGUCCCGCAGACUGAACCCCGAUCCUGGAGGAGGCGGAGUCUCCGUCAUCGCCCUCAUCUUAAUGUGGAUUUACAAAUAUCAGACACUGAUGAAUCAAGCAGACUGAGAGACGAUGUAAAAUACGUGUUUGUAACAUGAAUGAUAUUUAAUUUACAAAAUCCUUGAGAUGCUCUGAUGGAAGCAGGAAGCAGCUGUGGCGGCUGAUUGAAACCUGUCGUCAUGACUUCAUUAUGUCGUCGUUAUCUGGACUGCGUCACAGAAAUCACUGAGUUUGUUAUCUGGAGAUAAUAAGACAGAAACAUUUUGAUAUUUGAGUCAAUACUUUCUCAUCACAAUUAAGUAUAUAGACGAUGUUGUAAUCAAACCAAACACAGACACUUUGUGUUUUAUCUCAACAUGAUGAAGUCUUGAUCAGGGGCGCAAAGUUCUGGCAAUAUUCAAGGUGGAAACUUUCCAUGGGAAUUAAUGAAGUGUAAAUACUUAUAUAAUAUUUCCUCAGGCUGUUUUCACCACGUGUCAUGUAGAUAGAAACAAACCUUUGGCCGUCACAAGCAGACAUGACUGUUUAAAACAGGAAUGAAAAAAUCAGCUUUAUACCUUCUUUGCAGAUGACAUCACACAUUAGUGUCCAGGCAAAGACUGAACCUGCAUUAAUGCCUUUGAUUUUUUAUUUUAUUUUUAUUUUUUUAUUUAUUUAUUUUUUUUUUUUA